AUGAAUAAACUAAAGAAAAUAAUUAGGCAACAGCAAAGGGAACAUAGAAAUAAAAAUUGGAUAACAAAACUAACUAGAUUGCAAACUAAAGAUAAUUCCCUCUGGAAAAUGACUGAAGCCCUAAAAGGAAGCAUUAAAACAACUGUGCCAAUCCUGCAUGGGCCUCAAGGGCUAGUCUUCUCAGAAAAAGACAAAGCCGAUGUCCUGGCUCUCCAGUAUGAACAAUUUCACAGACUGACUACUGACAUGAUCAAUGCAGCUGUUCCUGGUGUUUAUGUGGAGGUUAAAGGUCUUACUGCCUUUAUGAAUAACGGCAUAAUAAAAAUAUUCUUCGACAAAGACGCCACUGUCAGUGCCUUAUACAAAAAUGGCAAAAAUCUAGUGGCGAAUGUAGGUGACGACAAAACUUUUUACAUUGACUGGAAUAACAGCAAGACAUACCACUUUUUUCCCUCUACACUUACAAUAAUCAGAAAGUCCGUUGACCACGCUCACAUUAUGUAUGUGCAAGACGAUUCUCAAUUUGCAAAGAUAGAAUAUCACAUCAUAAUGGAAAAAGGACUCAGUGGCAUUUAUUCCUAUAUAAGAGUCCAAAAUAAUAAACGCUAUCCAAUAUCUUUUGGAUUAAUGCGUAUUGUAUAUCGAUUUGAUCCCAAGCUUAUGUACCAGAUCACUAAUGGUGUACAGGAGGGCAUGCCACCACCUGAGUUUGAGCUAAGAAAAAAAAACGAAGUUCAGGAUACAACAUGGAAACUUAAAGAUGGUAAUAUUUAUUCCAAGUACGACUAUGCAGGCUACAUUCGAAACACAUAUUAUCAAGGAGUUUUCGGACAUGGGUAUGGUGUCUGGUUGAUUUCUGCCAGCCGCGAAUACCACUCUGGAGGUCCUUUGAAGCAAGACCUGUUAGUCCACCAUGAAUCUCUGAUUUUAAAUUGUUUGACCGCAGCUCAUUUUGGUACACCAAGUUUAGUUGCACCACCAGGAUGGUCCAAAUUAUAUGGUCCCUGGCUGCUCUAUUUUAAUACGGGAACGGAUAGUGAGGUAAAGUAUAAUGCAAUUUAUCAGUAUAAACGUGAGAAAAAAAAAUGGCCCUAUCAAUGGAUGAAUGAAUCAGAUUAUCCUCUAAAACGAGGUACACUGUCAGGCAGGAUCACUGGACCUCCUCAAAGCAUGGUUGUACUUUCAUCUUCAUUGAGAGAAAAUUUUGACAUGCAGACGCUUGGAUAUUCCUACUCUAAACAAACACGUAAAGAUGGCACUUUUAAAAUAGGAAAAAUCAGACCUGGAAUGUACAAGUUAACUGCAUAUCCUGUAGCAGGUUUUGGAAUUGGUUAUCAGUCGGAAAAAAUAAUAAAAAUCACUGCAGGAAUGAAUGAAGCUUUUUUGAAUUUACCGGUACCAACGACAGUGCUGUGGUCUAUUGGAGAAACAAACAGACGAUCAGACUCAUAUCGUUACUCCAAUGAGAAACGUAAUUAUAAGUGGCAUUUACUACCACCAGCGAAUCUGAACUUCCAGAUUGGCAAAAGCAACCCAGCUAAUGACUGGUAUUAUGCACAAACUUAUAAGGGAACGUGGAAUAUCAUAUACCAGGAUAUUCCAAAUAAAGUAAACAGAACUUUACGCAUCGGAAUAGCAGCAGCGAGUACCAGUCAAUCCGGAUUACCGAUUUUAGCAGUCAGUAUGAAUGAAUGUCUGAUUACAAAAUUUCGCUAUCAAAAUGAUCAUUCUAUUUAUCGGGGGGCUCAGCAGAGUGGGAAUUUUCAUUAUGCAAAUGUUAUAAUACCUGCAAAAAUGAUUAAAAAAGGACGUAAUAUUGUAAAUUUAUCGCUCCAUAGUGGAUCGGUUAUGUAUGACAGUAUUAAUUUAUCAUAG